AUGGAUGCUCUCGGCGCUUCUUCCUCCGACCCCAAGACCGCUCUGAUGCUGCAGGUCCGCCAGGAAGCUGCCAUCACCAACGCUCGGCAAUUGAUUGAGAAACUCAACGAGCACUGCUUCGACAAGUGCAUCCCCAAGCCCGGCGCAUCCCUUUCCAAGGGCGAAGAGACCUGCUUUACGCAGUGCAUGGAGAAGUACAUGGGCGCCUGGAACGCCGUGUCGAGACAGUACAUUGGCCGACUCCAGAAGGAACAGGCAGCUGCUGGAUUGAGCGGUGGAUUGUAA